GAAAUGGGAAGAGAAUAGGCAUCAAGACUGACUUUUCCUUUCCCAUCAUAGUCAUUGUCAAUUCUUCAUCAUCAUAAUUCAUACACACAGUGACACUGUAGUUGUGGGUGGAUUUGAAAAGAAUGGCUCGGCGAGGAAGAGGAAGAGGAAGAGGAAGGAGUUUUGCUAGUGUAGAAGGUGCAGAUUUCUUCAAAGUGUAUCUUCCUAACCUCAGCUCUCACCAACUGCUGAUACCACCAGAUUUCACCAAGGGUUUUAGAAAGACACUGAAUGAAAAAGUGAUACUGAAAAACAAUGAUGGAAAACAUGGUCUGUGGAAGUGAAAGAAACUCCUGAUGGGAUUUUCCUCAAGGAUGGAUGGCAGAUGUUCGUUGAGUAUCACGGGCUGAAGGUCGGGGAGUUCUUGGUGUUCUGCUAUCGCGGGUCUUAUUCGUUCCUUGUAAAGAUAUUUGGUAUAAACGGUUGCAAGAAGGACGCUUUGGGUCCCGAUAACAUUGUUAAAUCUGAAGAAGAAACUGAUGAGGAGAUGAAACCAAACCGGACUUCUAGAAAGCGUGCGUCCUCACAGGGCAGGGAUCAUUUGUCGAAUGUUGGUAGAAGAACAAGUAAAGUUUCAAGGAGGUUUAGAGAAGUAAACAAAGUUGAAGAACAAUCUGAAGUCGUUCCAAAACGCCCAUCUUUUGUUUCGCCUCCUAGUCGUUCCAAAACGCUGAGAAUCCCAGAUGAAGUGACGAAUAACAAGAGUGUCCAUUUGGAGGCAGAAAUGAAUAUGCGCAAUGUAAAAGGGAAGGAGUGGCCGGUAAAAAUCUUCGAAAUGCACAAUGGUCCAUCGUUUCUUGGCAAGGGGCUGUAUGCAUUCCAGACAGACAACAACAUUGGUCCUAAAGAUUGCUGCAAAUUCACAUUUGGGGCUCAAACAACAAUUGAUGUCAAGAUCUUACGCAACUCGAAGAAAUCAGCUCGUUCAUAGCUUAGACACUGCCAUCUUUUGGAGUCUGUUCAUCUAUCUUUUGUGCCUAGUGCAGAGACAUUAGCUGUUUUCUUAGUUCUGGACCUUGACUGAUUUCAGUGUACUAACAAGACAUGUAUGUUGAAUGAUUUAAAUAUAAAUUAAUCAGAAUGUGUAACUCUACAAUUAAUUAUAGUAA